AUGACUACUAACUCGGCAUUAGUUGUAUCGAUAAGCAAUUAUCCACAUAAUAACACAAAUAAAUCAAUAAAUACAGAUGAUGAAUUUGACUGUGUGAAAGUUGAAAUUUCUGAUCUCGACAAUUCUUGUCCGAAUCCAACCACGAUUAGUUUGAUGAAAUGCAAGAAAGAAAUUCUUCAUCCAUUCCGAAAACUGCUCUGUCUAAUUGGAUGGAGACCGUUUGGUGCUGAUAGUCUCAAACGUUCGUCUAUCUUCUUACGCAUAAUCAACAUUUUCUAUCCUAUUCUAAUCUUGAUCUUACUUCUCUUCAAUUAUACAUAUGAAAUCAUAAUUUGUCAAGGAAAACUCAACGUUGUAACCGAUACACAGACAACAACAACAGUUCAAACGACAACAACAACGACGAACUUUGUCACCACAAGUAGUCCAAGAAAUCAAUCAGCAGGAACUUGGGCUACACUUCAACCUGGCCUGACGAGACCGCAUACAACGAAUGCAAGUUUCACAUUGAUGGCUAAACAUGCCGAAUGUGGACAUGUCUUUACAACUUAUAUUCUCCCUGAUAUUUUUCAUUUCGUUGCUUUUAUUAUUGGUUUUAUUUAUUUUCGUGUCACCGAAGGUGAACCAAUGUAUUCUCUGAUGGAAAAAGUUUUUAUUCACGCCGAUCAAAAUAUUCGUCAGUUUGGUGUUAAUCGAGCAAUUCGACGAUUAAAAUUAUUCAUGCUUAUCGGAUGCGUAUGGGUACUGAUCUCUGUCGCUACUCACGCUCUGUCGAAUGCCAUGAAUGAUUUCGCUCACACACUUUUCUUCCAUGAUUCUCAAUACCAUAUUGUUAAAAACAAACCAGAACGAUAUAUACUUUUUACCAUUGAUAUUCUCUGCUUACUAAUAUCUAAUUGUAUUCAUAUGGCUAUUGCAAUGAACUACGCGUGUCAUUGUGAGAUGAUUCUUUUUUAUUGUAAAGCAAUUCGAAUACGUCUGGAAGAGAAAUCUGUUCAACUUUUGGAAGCGAUGAAACGCAUCCUUGAUCUCGGCGUCUCAAUCAGUCAAUUGAAUAGUGCAGCAUCGAGAAUGAUGUCUAUAUUAAUCAUUUUCUUUCUGGAACGUACGAUUCUCGGUGUUAUUCUCUUGAUAAUGAAUCGAAUCUUUCGUGCUGAUAUGUGGGUUUAUCGCUCAUUCUAUACAGUUGUUUGGUUUUCUAUUCUCGCGUUCUGUUUGACACAAGCUGCUCGCGUAACCUCGAAAUGUGACAAAUUCUAUCGAAUUAGUCUUUCUAUGCGUGUGUAUGGAUAUCCUAAUACCAAUGCGAAUGAACUCGAUGGAUUUUUACUUUUUCUCUCCAAAGCUGAAUUGCGCGCGAAAUUAUUCGGUCUAACCGUUCGUCCGGGAAAAAUCAUUUUCCUAGGUAUUGCCACUCUUCUUGUACUUAUUGUUCUCUUCCAAACGAGUAUUAUAUCAAGUGAAAAUUUCUUCUUCUAA